AUGGCCGAGGUCCAGGGCGCUCCACCUCCCCCUCCCGCGAUGCCAUGGGCGGCACCGACUCAGGCCAUGCAGCCCCCUCCAGCUCCACAGUGGAAUCCACCCACUCUGGGCCCACUGGGCCUUGGCUACGGCGGCUACGCAUCGAUGCCUGCUACAGCGACAGCACCGAACCGGCUGCAGGUUCACAGUGAGGACUGCGAGGCCUUGCAAAUGCGGCCGUCCCCUGCCGCCAGUCCGUCGAAUGCUUUG